CUAGACCGCCCGCUAAUCGAUUAGGAAUUUUCUAAUCUUUUAGGGAAUUUUUAUCUGAAAAAAAUAAAAAGACCAAAGAAUUACAAGAUCACAUUCUACGAAUAUCAAGGAAACAAAAAUAAAAUAAAAUAAAAUAAUAAUCACAAAUACCAAUUCAACAUGCCGAAAUCUAAGCGAUCCAAGGUCGUUCAUAUGACCCAAGUCAACAAGAAAACCCGCGAUCACAAGGACCGUCUAUUCGAGAAUAUCCGAGAAUGCAUUCCCCAAUACCAACAAUGUUUCGUCUUCGCCGUCGACAACAUGCGCAAUACUUACCUAAAAGAAAUAAGACAAGAAUUAUCCGAUAGCCGACUCUUCUUCGGCAAGACCAAACUCAUGGCUCGCGCUCUUGGCCACAGCCCCGAAGAUAGCUACGCCGACAAUGUCUACCGUCUGACCCCUUACAUACGAGGUACCGUCGGUCUACUCUUCACCAACCGCGCCCCCGAGCAAUUACUCCCUUUCCUCGAGACUUUAUCCCAAGACAAGGUCGACUUUGCCCGCGCCGGCGCCACAGCUCCGCGUGACUUCGUCGUUCCCUACGGCACCGUCUACGCCACUGGCGGCGAGGUACCCGCCGAACACGAUGUCCCCAUCGGUCACACCCUUGAGCCUGAGUUGCGCCGCCUCGGUGUCCCCGUUCGUAUGAUCAAGGGCCGUGUUGUGCUAGAAGAAGGGCCGGAGGGGCCCCAGCAGGAUGGCGGAUACGUUGUAUGUCGUACGGGCGACGUACUCGAUUCGCGCCAGACUAGGCUGCUCAAAUUGUUCAGCGUCUGUCUGAGCGAAUUCAAGAUCAAGGUCCUCGCCUAUUGGAGUGCUGCUACUACCGAAGUUACCCCCGUCGACCCGGAAGCUAUGGAUGGUGUUGAAGACGGCAAUGAUGAGGGAAGUGAUUAAAGCCGUUCUGGUGAUACAGCUCUAUUUUUUUUUUUUCGUUUUCCCAUGUAUUCUCGGGUGCGUUUGCAUUUAACGGCGAUACCAUGGUUUUGUUGGCGUUUGGUAGAGGCAAAAAUCAGGGAACGGGGGUUACGAUCGAGAUUUUACGCGUACAUAUUUCAUUAAUGGUAUAUACUGAGAUCAAGGCAUGGCUCACUACAACAAGGCAAGCUAGAAUAAGU